AUGGCUCGCACAAAGCAGACCACCAGGAAGACACUUCCUCGCCGUGGCGGCCGCUUUGGCGGUAAUGGCAACGGCAAUGGCAACGGAACUGGUGGUGGCCGUUCAGUACGCCCCUACGGCCCUCAUGAUCUUGAUUUGAUUGCUAUGCAAGAAGAGGCAGAGCGCCGGGACAGAAUCCUCGCAGAUCGUCGCCGUGUUGCUGCCAAGUGGCGCCCCAAGAUCCCCGAGGUCCGCAGAGUUAACUUCGAAAAUUUUAAAAAUCGCUUCCAGGCCGAGGACGAGCCCGACUAUGCCGUCGAAGUCCUUGUGGCUGGCCCCGGACUUCAGGGUCAGAUUCGACGUGAGCGCGCGAUGCGCCGCAGCGAAGAGACGGCUCGAGUUCGCAAGAGCUGGUACAGCCUCUACGACACUCAUCUUGACCGCAAGAAGAAGAUUGACCCUCUCGACAAGGUCAAGCGUGAUAGGAGGAAUGAACUUCUCUCGUCCGACACUGAGAUUCAGCGGAUUCGUGUGCAGUCACAGCCCAUCCUGGGCCAUCUGACCUCAUUCCUCAACGAUACAGAAUCCAGAUCAACUCCUCGCACCUUCAUGCGGCCCUUCAAGGCCCUCGUAUACUUUCAACCCAAGAUGCGAGAGAUUCUUGCCACACUGGAGGAGAAGUGGGCCGACUAUGAAGAGCUCGAGGAGCAGCACUCUGAUGCUGCCGAUACAGCUGGCAGCGACGAGCCCGAGGUUAUCGUCGAGGUCAUUAACAAAGACGACACUGAUACGGAAGCCAAGACCGACGGCGAGGAUGGUGAGGAUGAGGACAAGGAUGACACUGAGUCGCUUGCUUCCGUAGACUCCAACGUCGAUGAAGACUUUGACGGUGUUAUGGACAGCCCCGAAGCUCUGAGGGACAUGCGCGCCUACGUCAAGUUCAUUGACGAGGAAAUCAUGCCCCUCUAUGCUCGCUUCGAGGGCAGCACCGCCGAGAAGGUCAAGUUUGAUGACUUGUGGUCGCUCUUCCGUGUCGGUGACCUCAUCCACAUGCCGGCUGCUGUCGAAGCCGGCGGUCGAUACCAUGAAGUUUGGCGAAUCUACAAGAUCCAGGCCCCUCAGCCCGAGACUUCUUAUCCCAAGAACGGCUGGGGCUUCUUCGACGAGUUCGAUGAUAUCGACGACCAGACCAAGUUCAAGAUCUCUGCUUAUUACAUUGACCACGACGGCACGACUUUUGGUGCUGUCAAGAACAAGUUCGAGAUCGAAGCCUUCGCUGGUGAGCGUUCUAUUGAGUCGCUGCCGUGCUACCCCAUGCGCUACCAGCCUGGGCAUGAGGAGCUCAUCGAGGGCCUGAAGGACCAGGGCCGUAGGUUCUUGCAUCUCUUGGAAGACCGCCAUCAGCAGUAUAACGCCUGGACGCUUACCAGGAACCCUCCUUCUCACCGGACUGAGCCGGAGCAGGAGAUUCUGGAUAACGAGUACUACGAGAAGAUGCGCCACCCAGAGUUUGUGGAGAGUGAUGUGAUUGUUGACUUGACCGAGGCCUACCAGAAGAUGCCUAACUGGCGACCUGAUUUCCAUCAGCUGGCUGUUAGCAAGGCUACGCGUUGCGAGAUCGCGGAGGAUGAGAUGCCGAUCCAGAAAUGGUUCGAUGGUGGGCGCCAGAACAGGUCAUAUGUGCAGAAGGAGAUCAUCCAGAAGGCUGAUGGUGUCGAGAGCCGCCAGCGCCGCGACAAUCUCACUGUUGAUACAUUCCUGCGCAAUCGUCUGAGGGGAUCUCGCAACUUCGAGGCAAACGCCCAGGCUCUGAAGCUGCGCGAUGAAGACUUGGUGCUGCUCCCUAAGCGUAUGUUUGCUUAUGCUCUGCGUGAACGUCGCUUUAUGCCUGUGGACUUGAACCUCCUCAAGCCUAUUCGACGCGAGGCCGGUGUGUUUGAGAACCUGCGAAUUCACAGCGACUACAAGGAUGUGGUCCGCAGUCUUGUCAUGUCUCAUUUCCGAAAGAAGCAGCUUGAGAGACGAUAUGUCGACGCCUCAACGGAGGGACCUGGACAGGAUCUGAUCGCGGGCAAAGGUCGUGGUCUUGUAGUCCUCUUGCACGGUGUGCCUGGUGUGGGUAAGACUGCAACAGCUGAGGCUGUAGCCAUGGAGAACAAGAAGCCGCUGUUCGUCAUUACCUGCGGUGAUCUCGGUCUGUCACCUCAUGAAGUUGAGUCACGUCUGAAGAACGUCUUCCGUCUUGCGCACUUGUGGGACUGCGUGCUCCUGCUGGAUGAGGCCGACGUUUUCCUGUCGCAGCGAUCCAAGCUGGAUAUGACGCGAAACGCUCUCGUGUCCGUAUUCCUCCGUGUGUUGGAGUACUACAACGGUCUCCUCUUCCUGACAACCAACCGUGUGGGAACCAUCGACGAGGCCUUCAAGUCUCGUAUCCACCUGUCUCUGUACUACCCGCCUCUCGACAAGACUCAGACAACUGAGAUCUUCCGCCUCAACAUUGCCAAGCUCAAGGUGAUGGAGUCUGAGCGACAGAAGAUGACGGGCGAGCCGCCACUUGCUAUCAAGGACGAUGAAAUUCUCGAGUUUGCCAACAAGCAUUACGAGGAUCUGGCGCGCUCUACGGGCUGCUGGAACGGUCGACAGAUCAGGAACGCCUUCCAGAUCGCAUCGAGCUUGGCACUGCACAACUAUGCCAAGGAUGCAGAUGCCGCUCGUGCAAAGGGCAAGCUGCCGCCCGCCGCGCCGGUAUUGGAUAGGGUUCUGUUUGACAAGGUGCAGAUGUCGACACAGAGCUUUGACAAGCACAUGAAGAAGGAAGAGGGCAAGUAUGAUGACGAUCUGCCUCUGAAGGGCACCUUUCAGGAGUAA